UAUAUCUAUAUCGUAUAGCUUAUAGCUUAUAUCUAUUUUAAAUAACUUAAAGCCGCUAAAAUUUGGGGGGGAACAGCUUUCGCCCUGGAGCGGUGCGCGAUGCUGUCUCACGCCGACCUCCUGGACGCCAGGCUAGGUAUGAAAGAUGCCGCCGAGCUUCUGGGCCACCGGGAGGCGGUGAAGUGCAGGCUGGGCGUGGGGGGCUCUGACCCUGGGGGCCAUCCGGGGGACCUGGCGCCCAGCUCGGACCCCGUCGAAGGAGCCACCCUGCUGCCGGGCGAGGACAUCACCACGGUGGGCUCUACUCCCGCCUCGCUGGCGGUGAGCGCCAAAGACCCGGACAAGCAGCCGGGGCCCCAGGGCGGCCCCAACCCCAGCCAAGCGGGCCAGCAGCAGGGCCAACAGAAACAGAAGCGCCACCGGACACGCUUCACCCCAGCGCAGCUCAACGAGUUGGAGAGGAGCUUCGCCAAGACCCACUACCCCGACAUCUUCAUGCGGGAGGAGCUGGCGCUGCGCAUCGGGCUGACCGAGUCGCGAGUGCAGGUCUGGUUCCAGAAUCGCCGCGCCAAGUGGAAGAAGCGCAAGAAGACCACCAACGUGUUCCGCGCGCCCGGCACGCUGCUGCCCACGCCGGGCUUGCCCCAGUUCCCGUCGGCCGCCGCCGCCGCCGCCGCCGCCAUGGGCGACAGCCUGUGCUCUUUCCACGCCAACGACACCCGCUGGGCGGCGGCCGCGAUGCCCGGCGUGUCCCAGCUGCCGCUGCCGCCCGCGCUCGGCCGCCAGCAGGCCAUGGCUCAGUCGCUGUCCCAGUGUAGCCUGGCGGCGGGGCCCCCGCCCAACUCCAUGGGUCUGUCCAACAGCCUGGCGGGCUCCAACGGCACGGGGCUGCAGUCGCACCUCUACCAGCCCGCCUUCCCCGGCAUGGUGCCCGCCUCCCUCCCCGGCCCCAGCAACGUCUCCGGCUCGCCCCAGCUCUGCAGCUCUCCGGACAGCAGCGACGUGUGGCGGGGCACGAGCAUCGCGUCCCUGCGCCGCAAGGCGCUCGAGCACACAGUCUCCAUGAGCUUCACCUAAUGCCGCUGCGCGCAGCCCGCUCCGCCCCGGGCGCCCUCCUCCUCCUCUUCCUCCUCUUCCUCCUCCUUCUCCCCUAAUCCCCC